AGGAUAGGGAACGCGGGAAGGCGCUGUUUCGGUUCCGAUAAAAUUCCUCCGAUAAUUAAAACGCGAGUGGGUUAAAUUAAGCCUUAUCUCCCAAUGUUUACUAACACAGGUGACCUGAUUCAAAAUGACGCCAGUUAUGCAAGGUCUCCCAGCCUUCCCGUAUGCUACCGACGAAAAUUCGUUUUGGCGUUGCAGCAGGAGUGAUAUCGCAUAUGGCUUUCGUAACAAUUGCAGCCGAAUCUAGGCCAUUAUCCAGCUCCUAGUAUAAAAAGCUUUUACUCGUCCAUUAAGCACCAGUCACGUGUUUUCAUCAUGUGCUUGUGUGUCUCUGUUGUGUCUCUCUAGUGCUCUUGGUGCAGUGGUGUGAUCCUCGCGCAUCUCGGGAUAGCAUCCGUUUCCCGCUCAUCGCCAGCUCAACGACCCAAUCGACUUUCUUCAUUUUCUUCCCGUCUCGCCGACCGCUCCGUCGAACGUAUGUCAGCAAAGGAGACAACAGCAUCAGUGAUAACAGCAACAAAAGAGACACAGCAGCAGCAAUCACAACAUUAUCAAUAAAAUAUAUAGAAACAACAAAAUGGUUGCAGAAUUGAUCAUCUUCCUUAUUUCAAUCUCUGCUUUCAGUGUCUAUGGAUUUCCAUUCCCUGCAACAGAGGAAAACCGGACGAGAAGAAGUGGUGGUCAACCUAAAUUUCCCUAUUACUCUCAGAUGGAGUGUGGAGUGAGAGCAGUUCCACACUACCCUCACCGAUCUGGUGGUGCGACCCCUAAGAUUAUCGGUGGAUCAACAGUGCCUUACGGUGCAUAUCCAUGGCAGGUCGAUAUUCAAUCAUUCAACGGUCUUUCACAGACGUUCGAGCACUUAUGCGGAGGAGCAGUUGUGGGAGACAGAGUCAUUAUGACAGCAGCUCACUGUUUGCGAGAUUUGAAAAAGUCUCAGCUACGAAUGGUCGUCGGCAAACACCACUUGUCCGGCUCAGACUCGCACGAGCGUACCUACCGUGUAGAAAAAGUCAUCGUCCAUCCUGAAUUCAGGCGAGAGGGACCACAUAGCAAUGACAUUGCACUAAUCAAAGUAAAAGCAAUAAGUGAAGGAGGAAUUGGUUUCAAUACAUACAUUCAACCCAUUUGCCUGCCCGGGAUUCAAGCUAAAAGAGCAGAAACUGGAGAUUGGUGUACUGUUACAGGAUGGGGCGCUCAAAAACCGGAGGAUCUCGGGAGCCUGUCGCCGGAGCUCCGUGCGGCGUCUGUGCCUCUCCUGGACUUAGCAACAUGCCGCGCGUCGAAUGUAUACGGAAGUCGACAAAAAAUUUUGGACAGUAUGCUCUGUGCCGGCCUCUUGGACGGCGGGGUUGACGCAUGCGGUGGAGAUUCUGGAGGACCUCUCGCGUGUCAAGUUGCUGGACGGUUCGAGCUAACGGGAAUAGUCUCGUGGGGAGACGGAUGUGCUAAAAAGAACAAACCGGGCGUGUACACGCGAGUUUCACAUUACCUUCCAUGGAUCUUUGAGUCACUUAGUGUUCUUACCCCUAAUGUAACAUGAUAAUAUCGUCGAUCUGACACUGCUUAGUACCACAAUACAAUGGUAAAACUAAAAAAAAAAAAAAAAAAAAAAAAAAAAAAAAAAAAACUAAAAAAAAAUGGUGUCUAAAUCAAAAUGUUUACGUCGUACAGUUUUUCCUCUUUUAGUUCACUUUUCAGACAAAAAAAAAAAGUUUGCCUUAUGGUUUUUCCUAAACCUUUAAUUGAGGUGCUUGGAGGACAAGGCGCAUAAGUGCAGUUUUUGAAAAAAUUGAACUAUUAUGAUUUCAAGUAAAACUAGUCUUAAUACAAAUUCUGUGCACAAUUUCCUCCCAAAUUCCAAUUUUUUAGUACCAAAAAGUCAUUUUGAACUUUCUUUUUGCCAUAAGGAUACAUGUAAUUUCAAAAAUUUAAACACGUAUUUCUCGAAAUAGCAGAGACAGAGACUGCACUUAUGCGCUUUGACCUCCGAGCCCUUCAAUUGAGGUUCUUUUUCUUGAUAAAAUUAUUUCCUGAGGAUUUCAUGCAAAACUUUGGAAAUUUUAAAAAAAUAAUACAAAUAAUACAAAUCAAAGAAUCCCCUUGGCAAAAUAUAAUAUUCAGAGAAAUAUAUUGAGACUCCGAAAUCUACGCGGAUUUAUUUUUUUUUUUUUUUAGUUUCACCAUGAAUGAAAAUACUUGCACACUUACCAGCGUAACAAUGUUCCUAUUAAUUUAUUUAUUUUAGUUAAGUUUAAAUGUUCAAUGUUAACUUUAAGAUUAUUGAUCUACAGAAGGACGCUUUGAGUGAAUUAUCUGACCGUCUUUAAAGAGACAUUUAUGCUGAACAAUUCGUCAGAACACCGUUGAUCUUUAUUUUAGUUCUGCUUAAGUAUCUUCAAAAACUAAAAUUCUCACUUUGACCCAAUGCUCUUUUUGAUGCUUGCUGUAUUGUAAUACUCAUUAAUUUAUGCCUAUGUUACAUCGAAGACCGCGUAUUAUGGUCAGAAGUCAUGGGUAGAUUUUGAACCGCAUCGAAUUCAAUUUAUUCAGCUCAUAUCCACGUUUUUCUCCAGAAGUAGGGAUUUCUACUUUUAACCUUUGCAUCCUCUUGACGCAAACGCACUGUAAAAUGAAGUUUUACGGCUAAAAUUUCAGCCCAGGUCUUGCAUAUGGAAAGUAUUGCGAGUUGGACUUGAGCCUAUUAAUUAAACACACGUCUUUUCAAAAUUAUUUAAUGGACAAAAAUUGUGGAAGUGUUCCUUUAAUGUGACUUAAAUACUCCUCCCUAACCAGAUCUUUUUUCAAGGAUAUGAUUGCUCUUUUAACGCAUAACUCUGGUAUCUGAAAUCCAUACAGACACCAGAUGAAUUCCCGAAGAACAUUUCCUUUCCCAUGCCUAUAUCAAGCAGCUUGACUCCCUAUAUUUUUGUCUAUACUCCUGUCAGCCGAUGUAUUUAAUUGAUAAAUUAAUUUUAUUUAAAUAUUUAUUUAUUUAUGUGUUCUGUUAUUUUAUGUAAAUUUUGGCCAUAUUGUGUCUUAUGUUUAAGCAAAUACAUCAAGUGUUUCAAUAAGCGCA